CCUUCGUAGUGAGUAGGGCGUAGGGAGUAGGGAUCACCCGUUCUGAAUGAAACGUGUCACGUCACGGACAGCUCCCGAGCUGAAGAUGCUGAAGAUGGCCGCGGUGAGGAUGGCUGUUGGCCGUUUGACUGCUUCUUUGAUCCUUUUGCUCAGCAUCUUCGCUUCUGGGCGAUGCAACGAGCACGUUCCCCUGCUGAUGUGGUCCAGUUCUGGGUUUCCACUGGCCCCUCAGAAUGACCCAGUCGCAGGUCACAUCAUGUCCAGCAACCAGCUGCAGUCCUACCUGAGUACAGCGCUCAGCUCUGCGCCUCAUAACGUGCUGCUCUUCCUUCAGGACAAGCUAAGUGUCGAUGAUUUCACCAUGUAUGCUGGUGUUUUUGGGAACAAACAGGACAGUGCCUUUCCUAACCUGGAGGCAGCUCUGCAGUUGUCCUCCUCUCUGCUGUUGCCGUCUGUGUCCUCCUCGGCCAGUGCUGCACUUCCUGCGCUCAUCCAGGAGCAGCUGGACACGGCUCCGCUCUACAUGGACCCAGAGACGCUCGCCCAGCUGCGGCUGAACGCUUCUCUACCCGCCUUGCUCAUUUUCCGCCUUCCCUACAGCUCCGGGGCUGAUAUGAUGUCUGCAAAAGAGGUGCUCAGCGGUAAUGAUGAGGUGAUUGGUCAGGUGUUGAAUAUCAUGAAAGGGCAGUCUGUCCCUUACACCGCCGUGUACACAGCUCUUCGGCCAUCACGGGUGAUUGAGGAGCCAUCUCUGGCAGUGCGUUCUGUGGGGGCGCGCUCCCUGCUGCAGUCUCGGCGGGGUGGCCCUCCUGCUCCGUAUCCUCCUGUGGAGUUUAAGGAGCGCGGCUCCACUUGUAUCCUGAUGUGGGCUGAUAACCUGACAGUGAGCCAGUUGCGCUCGGGCAAGUGGGAGAGGCACGACCUCGCUCCCAAAACCUUCGGAGAAGGGGUCUCUCCUAAACUGGAAGGCUCCUACUGUAACGAGACCCAUUCCAGGCUGGUCCUGAACUAUGAGAAUGUCUUGAGCUAUCGCUCUUUCAAACUCAUCUUUGUCAUGAGUCAGCGGCACUACAAGGUGUCAGCCCGCCGCUGGUUCACCAUGGACCGGGUGCAGCUGGAGUACGACGGCAAAAAGGCUUCCUUUAACGCCAGCCUCAGCGUCUACGCCCCUGUUGAGUACUCGUACCGGUGCGAGUCUGUCACCAGCUUCCGCUACCCCCAGCUCACCCCUCACUCAGCCAAGGACAAUGCAAAUGAAUGGAGGAUCUCCUUUGAUGACUUCCAGAUCCAAGGCUUUAAUGUGACAGGGAAGGACUUCUCAUAUGCGAGUGACUGUGCAGGCUUCUUCACUCCAGGCAUCUGGAUGGGGCUGCUCACAUCCCUGCUGAUGGUACUGGUGCUGACCUAUGGUCUGCACAUGAUCAUGCAGCUGCACACCAUGGACCGCUUCGAUGACCCCAAAGGCCCUGCCAUCUCCGUCCCCCAGACGGAGUGAUGAGGAAAAUAAUCAACGUUUCAUCCUAAAACCCUCCCACAUUCCCAUAUGCUGUUUUUCCAGGGUCACCUUCAUCGAUGACCGUGUGGUCUUUGACCAAGUGUGUCUGCAUGGUACUUCAUCAUAAGAAUGAAUAGAAGUCUCCCCAUUCCACUCAUCCAGGUACAAACACCUGUUUGUUUUUGUGUUGUUGUUGUUGUUGUUUGUGUAUUUAUUACUUUAAUUUUCUUCUCUGCAUUUUGAUUGUGUUACUGGUAUAAAUGUUUACAUCACUCGAAGGAUAUAUGUUUAUCCUAAAGUCAAAUGUACAAGCAAGAGAUUUAUUUCUUUCAUUUUUUUCCAUUCAGCUUCAUUUUUUUCUUUAUUUGCAUUCCUGAAUGAGGAAAAUUCAAAAUUGUAGUCAUUGAGUGAGUUUGAGUUUGUGUAUUACACUUGAAUCCUAUAAAUUAAAUUAAACGAAGCUAAGUAGCUAAGAACAAAUCAAUACUUGUAGUGCACAGCUUUGUGUUUUUGUGUUCUAAUGCACUUGAAUCUGUUUGUGAAGGACCUUAUUAUUAAAGGGCCCAUAUCGUGGAGAAGCUUCUUUUGCUUUUGGUGCAUUACGUCAGAGUACCCAACACUGUCAGAGUUUCAAAACGUACCAUUCAUUCCCCAGUCAAUACAGACCAUCUUUGGAAAAUCAGCUGCAAACAUAGCCUGUUUUGAAUUAAUUGGUUUUAUGAUGUCACAAAAAAACAACAAAUUUACAUACAACUGCUACAUGCAUGUACAGUUCUGUUGAAAAUGUAAGCACCCACAGUCAAAUUACUGUUUUGUUUUACUGCUUUUCUAAGUGAAAAUAAGUCAAUGCUUCCUCUAAAGAGAACACAGUUGUGUUAUGGUACAUUUUAUAUUCUGUUUUUUUUCCAUUAUGUGAAACUCAGCAAGUAAAUAGAAAUUGCACACUAAAAUUUGGAAAAAGUAGCACAUUUAACUCUCUACACCGUAGGUGUGUUAACUUUUCACUACUUUGGCUGGGGGUGUUUAAAUGUUUGCAUUUAACUGUGUAUCUGCAACUUGCAUAUGUUUAGCCUGUAACAGCAUAGCCCCAUCUGUUCAUGCUAAAGAGAAUUCACCCCAGGCUGCUUUUUGUAAUAAGACAUAGGGCACAGGGCAGCCAAUCAAAAAGAUUUUACACAUUUACAUUUACAUAUUUUACUAUUAAAGGGACAAUAAUGAAACAAAUUCUAAAUAAAUUCCGAAUUAAUUCUAAAAAGAUAAAGAGAGGUUGGGAAAUGGUUGUGUAAAAAUGAAUCUGCUUUUGGUACAUAAACUGACGUAACUGUCAUAAAUUGAUAUCUGGGGUGGGGGGGGAGAAAAAUGAAGGAUAUUGGCCUUUUAACUAAUGAUCAUGUGCAGGAACAACAAUUAACUGUUCAUUGCAUGUGCACUACAAGACAGUGCUCUAGUUGGGGUGCUACCACUAGAGGUCAGCAGUUAUCAUUGGGAACAGUCUGAUGCUCCUUUGUGUUAUUGGUUGUGUGCUUUCAAGACACUUAAGAUACAUUAACUGUGGAACUGAAGAAAGGGAUCAACGUUGUCAGCAUAAGCAAAGGGAUUUAUUUUCAUUGGUGUCAUUUUGUGCACUAAACACUCAGUGUCUGCCUAACAAAUGAGAAAGAUUUUAUUUGUUAGAUAUUUGUCUGAAAACUUUAUGUUUUGUGUUGAUUAAACGCAUAAUGAACACUCCGUUCACGUGGAGCAAUUUGAAUAAUUGUACAUAUGACUAGAUGAACAUAUUGCUGUUAUUCACUAGAUGAAAUCUUAUUUAUUUGUGGCAUAUGUGCUUUUGUGGAGAAUUGACAGAUGUUUGUUGACUAUAAGCUAUACACAGGGAAGUAGUUACGGGGUUUACUGGGAAGAAUUACCGAGCGCAUUUGGGUACAAGUCGUAUGCACUAAACGUUGGUAGGAAAUAAUAAUAUGAAGAUCUGUUUGAAGUCAGCAUUAUGUGAAUGAACCCAGUCUGUCGUUUGCUGCUGUGCACCAAUGCUUAGUCGGACUUUACGUUCUGGUACUUAUCGUGAUGUUCUUUUCAAAGGGAAGCAGAACAAGCUUUUUGAGUUUUCCAAGUUUUUGAGUAAAACUCUGUAUUACUGUGAAUUUUCAUUUGUUUACGUAGCUUCAUAACUUGCAUUCUGGAAAGUAUAAAAGGUAUUUGGUUUAUAUGAAAUAAAAGAUAUUUAGUAUAAUGCUACUCUUAUCUGAUACAAUAUGGAAACGCACAGCAAAUUUGCCCACUACAAAUAAUAAUGAUGCAUUAAAGUACUCUUGAAUGUUGUGUGAACCAUUUCAAUGUGAAAUAAAAAUAUAUGGAAAAUAUUAUAAA